UAUUAUUUAACCCGAAGACGCCCCUCGCCCUCUAAAAACCCCGUAGUUCGACAAAAUUUGUGGAGGGAAGACAAAAUGGAAAACAGCAAUCAAAACCCUAACACCAAUGAUCCUCCUUCAUCAUUCGUGAUCAAAAUCCCCUCAUACGAAGAAGUUAUUCAGUCCCAAUCACAACCACCUGCACAGUCUCUCUUCAAAUCUUCUCAGACCUUCACUCAAGCCUUCAAAUCCAUCAAAAAUUCCGAGUUUUACGUUCCGCCUCCCUCUUCCUCCUCUUCACAAUCGCAGUCAAGGGAUAGUUCUACACCUGCUGCGAAUCAGGCAGGGGCAUCAUCAUCUUCUGCGCAAAAUCGGAAUGCGAUCCUUGUUAGUAAUAGACAGAAGGGGAAUCCUUUGCUCAAACAUAUAAGAAAUGUGAGAUGGGCUUUUUCAGAUAUUGUCUGUGACUACAUGUUGGGGAAAAAUUCAUGCGCUCUUUAUCUUAGCCUUAGGUAUCAUCUGCUUCACCCAGAUUACUUAUAUUACCGAAUAAGGGAAUUGGGAAAAAACUUCAAGCUUCGUGUUGUUUUAUGCCAUGUUGAUGUUGAAGAUGUUGUGAAACCAUUGUUGGAAGUCACAAGAACAGCUCUACUUCAUGACUGCACACUUUUGUGUGGUUGGAGCUUGGAAGAAUGUGGUCGGUAUCUGGAGACGAUAAAAGUUUAUGAAAACAAGCCUGCAGACCUCAUUCAAGGCCAAAUGGAUACAGAUUAUUUAUCACGUCUCUCACAUGCUCUAACAUCAGUUCGGCAUGUCAAUAAGACAGAUGUGGUUACUCUUGGUUCUACAUUUGGGUCUCUUUCUCAUAUAAUGGAUGCCUCGAUGGAGGACUUAGCACGUUGCCCCGGCAUUGGAGAGCGUAAAGUAAAGCGUUUGUACGACACAUUCCAUGAACCAUUCAAACGCACUAUUCCUAAACACCCUUCAAAGGCUGAAACAUCCGCACAACAAUUCACUCCUAGUGAAGUAAAAGAAGACGAGAAGGAAACAUCGCAUUCAAGUAAGCGCAAUAAAAAGGAAUCGGAUCUAACCGUUAAAUCGGCUCUUUCAGCAGCUUUUGCAAAAUACAAGGAAAAAGUCGGUAUGGAACCUAAUCAUCAACAAGAACACCAAAACCAGAAACAAUGAUCAAAAGCUUUUACUCGAUGGAUUUUUAACUAGUGAAAGUAUUUAAUUAACAAGUUUAUUUAGUUGUUUUAUCGAAAGUAAGAACGGAAAAUGUAUAGUGGUUGUAUGUAGAAUCACACUGCCAAAUCCUAGCAAAUAUGCCAGACCGAGGGUAAUCUGUGCCAUAUGGGAGUUGAAUGGACUGGUCAUUUUUGUAAGUAAUUUGUGCUUUUCGUAUUUGUGCUUUUCGUAUUUUGGUGUAAAACAACUAAUUAGUUAAGUUCUUAUGUAAAUCAAUUUUUUUUAAAGUCAAAACAAGUUUGAUCAAA